CCAAUUCGCCUACUUAUACUACGAACUAAAAGUAUGUACUGUUUUUGUAAUGGAAAAGUAUAUACAUUUGAGCGUGAGACAUAAUAACAGGAAGCGGAAGUGGCUGUGGUUGCCUAGGCAAACAUUGUGGCCAUUAACUGUCACGCAAAUCAAAAUACAACGCUUCUUUCCAUUAAGGUAUUUAUUAAUUCAUUAGUUUGUAUAUAAUGUUUACUGUAUACUAACAUUUGUUAAUUUAGUGACGCAUCAGUAAUAUAAGUAAUAUAUCAGUAAUAUAUUAAUACAUCGCCUACUCGCGGUGAUUUGUUUGUUAUAUUUGUGUGGCACUUCGAAUUUCUACCGGAAGUAGUGGACCAUCCGGGAAUCUUUGGAAUACUCUUUUCAACAUACUACGAUUUGGGACCUUAAUUCUAGUUUCAAAUACUAUUUAGGAGUAGUAGGCAAUGCGGAUUGGCACGCAGCAAUGGUUUAAAAAAUAGCUGAAUCAGCAGUUGUCAUGCCAGGAGAAAAACACAUUUUGGUAAGUGCAGGGUGGGACGGACAACCUGAGAUAAACACGAAACACAACUGAUGAAACUGACUGACAGCGAACAGAAAAGUUCUUCACUAACAAGAAUUGAGGCGGUUCUCCAUCAGGGGUAACUGGCGUUCACAGAGCUCCAUUCAUGAGAAUCUGAGAAAAAAAUGAAACUUGAGUUUGUAGAUGAUUAUGCCAGGAGCUCAAGGUUUGGCUGGUUACCAGUAAAGCUCCGCUAGUAGAAUCUGUAAAACGUUGUAGGUUAGAAAGACGUGUUUCUUCGAUUCUUCUAUUAUAGAUUUGGGUAUUUUAUAUAGCAGAUUCUCACUCACUAAUAAUUUCGAAUGCAUUAUUUUUCCAUAAGUAUAAGCUAUUCAAAAAAAAAGUCCUGAGUGAGUGAGUGUGUGAUGUUUGCUCAAGUUAAACCCCAAAACAAGAACAUGUUUUCCCAGGAUAUAAAAACAUAAAUUCCACGUAUAGCCUUCUGACCGGCCUCUAAAUCUUUCUUUUACAAGCACCCCCACCCUUUUUAGAGCCCCCUGCUUUUUUCUACAUCUCCCCUCUCAAUCUAAAACAACGUCCAUAGAUUACCCUGCUAUAUUAAACUCACGAAUGUUUUUUAAAACGAAUGUUUUAAAACGAAUGUUUUAUUUUACCACAAAAAUCUGCAGGGCUGAAUAGAUCAUAAAGGUUUAGCAGAACUACUCGGAUAAUAUUUACCGGAACCCCACCCCUCACGUGAUUUGGCUGAUUUAUCAGACUUUCAAACAGAAAAGCCCACUUCAAAUGUGUAAGUAGGUUUUGGAAAUGUUUCCCUCUAUUAAAGAGGAUAAAUAUUUGGUCCUCACAAGUAGAAGCAAAUUUGUGCACACAGUGUCGAGGAUUCUGGAAAUAGUGUUCUCUGGGUGAGACUGUGGGAAUUUGAGUUAUAAAAGCAAAACCCCAAAUCCUGCAGUCGAACUCCAUCGCAGUCUAGAAACGGCACAGCCGGAUAUAAAGAUGUUUUCACAUUAAACAGACUGUAUGUAAACAUGAGAUCUCCUUUGAAAGCGGAAACGUGAAAAUUGUACCAUUUUACUGGAAGCCGUAGCUGUGAAAAAGAGGAGUUAUUGUUACAGGUAUAUUUCAAUAAAACAGAGCCGUUCUCUCCCAAUGCCAAACUCAACAUCUCCUCAUACACUUGGAUUCUCCAGUCAUUAUUUCUUUCAUGUUCUCACUUUCUUUUAGACUGUGGAUGUCAAAGAAUCGCAGGAUCAGAUUUUGGAGAACAAGGGACUGUGUGUUUCGAAAAUGUGUUCAAGUAUUGAUAAAGGUUAUAGCUGCUGAGUUCACUCUGUUUUACAAUAAACUUUGUAAAUUAAUUUAACUAUAGUGGCCACGAUCAGUUUUGAACUAUAUAAACCAUAAUCAGUGUUGGGUAAGUCACUUUGAAAAAGUAAUUUCUAGUUACUAAUUACAUAAUCACUAGUGUAAUCAGAUUACUGCACAAAUGACUCUCUCCAAAAAGUAUAUAAUGACUUAUUACUAAUGACUUUCUAUAUCCUCUAUCAACAUUGAUUAGAAUUGAUUCAAGGAUAGACAUGAAACGGCUUAUUUAAUUCAUGCAAAUAAGUAACUGCAUAAAUCAUUCCUAUUAACUGAACAAAGUAUUACAAAUGUGAGAAUUGUACAUUAAAGCAUGUAUUUUAAAAUAAACUUAUAUUCAAUAGUGGCUAUGACAUUAAAAUUAUAUUACACAGUAUUUAGUUUAUUUACAUCAGAAGUAACUGUAAUUACAUUAAAGAAAAAAAGAUUGAUCACUUUCUUAAAUUUUCAAGGGAAAAGUAAUUAAAUUACGGUUACUAAUUACUUCGUGACUAGUAACACCAAACACUGACUAUAAUAAGCACAAAAACUCAUAAAAAAUAUUGGUUUCAAAUGCUGAAGACUUAAUUCAUUUGAUUUCCUGAUCAGGCGUGGAGCGAUGUUAAAAUGUCAAAUCAAUGGACAUAAACAAUGUACACAAAUACUUAAAGGCUAAAGUUUACAGAUAGUAGCAGGUUGGCCGUAAAUCAGAAUAUCAAAGUUUGAACUAAAACUGACAUCAUAGAAUCUUCAGGCGGCUCCGCUGCUGAUGCUGUUGUUGUUUUUUGGUAAGAGUCAUGUUUACUUACUGAUGAAGGAUAUUUUCAUGGCCAGAUAUUUAAAGCCAGGGUCAAAUCCUAAAAAUAUGAUGUUCAUUUCUGUCCUUUUAGACAGCGCUAUAAAUAAAUUAUUUUAACAAAGAUAAACAAUGCUUGUUUUUUGAGGUUUUGUUUAGUAGAUUAUAUUAGAUCUCUCUCUUUCUCUCUCUCUCUCUCUUUCUCUCUCUCUCUGGUGUUAUUGUACCUGUACAUUUAUACAUUUUGUUUUUUAUCUUUCAUCAAAAUGUAAUAACUUGCUUGACCUCUUUUUCAGCUGACUCAUGCAGUCCGCCUGAUUUGGUGUAGCAUCCUAAACAAGUGCCAUAAAGGCCAAUUUGGACUAUGGACUAUUGUGCACUCUGAAUGUUCAGUAUCCACUUUUGGAUACCAACACUUUACUCACAACCAUUCUGUCAGCACACAAACAUUUUAAAACGAAUAGACUAUUGCUUUGGUUGUUAUUUUGAGUUAAAUUUGUUUUUGAUUCGUCGCUAUGAAAUGAUGUUUACAAUGAUUUACACUGCCAAUCUUUUCGCAUUUAAGCAUUGAUUGUAUUUGUUGACUUUCACAAUUUUGCGGACACCAUUGCCAAAUCCACCCAUUGGUCGGUUCCUGACUGAGCUCUCCAGCUUAUGUUUCUCUUUAAGAUGUUAUCAGGUGAGUAAGUGUGGCCUGCAGGAUAUCUCCAAACAGUGAAUCCAGUGAGCACCAGUUCAUAUACAAUAACAACGCUCAGCGUUCCAAUAAAAGAGCUCUUGUGCGCACAAACAUUGGCUCUGUUCAGCACAGUUUGUACCCCUGGUUCCCCCAAGGCAGGUUUUAAUGGUAGAAAUCCUUAGGGUCCCUGGUUUGUGUUUGGAGAUUAAUACAAACAUUUUAUGACUGAAGGAAUGACAGGGCGUUCAAGCCGAAAGACAUGUAUGUUUAUGAGCUCCUAUUAAAUAGGUUGUAAAGAUUACUGUAGUUUCGACAUAUAAAGAGAUCUUAAAAGCCAGAUCAUAAUGCAGACAAAAUGAAAUAGCAGACAACCUCCAAACAACUCUAAAUCACAGAUGAAAAUAGUUCUGUUAUCCUUGUCCAAACAAUGAGAUCACAAGUGGAAAGAGAAAUCUCUCCCAGAAUUAGAACAUCUCUCUUUUGAGUCCUUGUAUUUUUGACUUAAGGGGCAGUGGGGUCUUAAGCACAGGAAACCUGAUCCGUGGCUGUGUUCAAACCCUGUGAGCUGCCUGCAUAGCAUGUGCAUUAUGGAUUUUUUUGGGGAGGAUCAGAUGUAUGGAACUACUUAAUUUUUCACGUGCAAAAAAUUUUGGGUAGUCACAGGCACGUGCACGUCUUUGGGGAUUGACAUGCAUUAGCACCAUUUUUGAGGCGUCGUAGUUGAGAACAUCACUUUUGGAGCGUCGCAGUCGCGCGCGGCAUAUUUGGACACCAGAGGCGCGCGCACUACUUUAUAGUGCGCAUGCAGCGUUUUGGGGCGUCAUGAUGCUUCUGUAGAUCACUCAGUAGUUUUUGAAGCACAACCCACGGGAUCGGUGCCAGAGCCUCGGGGCGCACAUACAUCGCCAAACUAUUACGCACGGAUGUCCAGCGCGGCAUUCAUGGUUUUCAGCAUCGUUUAGUCGCUUUAAACUCGUUGUCAUGACAGUAUCGGCUCUCACUGGGCUCUCCGUUAUCAGUCUGCUCAGUCUGGGUUAUCUGUCCUGGGACUGGACGAGCCCAAAUCAGGUCGAGCAGCCAAACCAUCCGCGCCCUCACAUCAUCUUCAUUAUGACUGAUGAUCAGGGCUUUAACGACAUCGGCUAUCACAACCCCGACAUCCACACUCCGACCCUGGACAGACUGGCUGCAGAGGGAGUCAAGCUGGAGAACUAUUACAUUCAACCCAUAUGCACACCAUCGCGGAGUCAAUUCAUCACUGGCAGAUACCAGAUCCAUACGGGUCUCCAGCACUCGAUAAUUCGCUCUCGGCAGCCCAGCUGUUUGCCCUUUGACCUCAGGACAUUACCGCAGCGUCUGCAGGACCUGGGAUAUUCAACUCACAUGGUUGGCAAAUGGCACCUGGGCUUCUACAAGCGUGAAUGCCUGCCCACUCGCCGGGGAUUCAGCACAUACUUCGGCUCGCUGACGGGCAGCGUGGACUAUUACUCGUACAAGUCCUGUGACGGCCCAAAGAUUUGUGGGUAUGACCUUCACGACGGUGAGAGAGUGGCGUGGGGUGAGGGAGGGCGUUACUCCACACACAUGUACACCCAGAGAGUCCGAAAGAUUCUGGCGUCCCAUGAUCCUUCAUCGCAGCCUCUCUUUAUUUACCUCUCUUUCCAAGCCGUUCACACUCCGUUACAGUCUCCCAGGGAGUACGUCUACCCGUAUCGACGGAUGGGGAACGUCUUCCGCCGAAAGUACUCCGGGAUGGUUUCAGCUGUGGAUGAGGCGGUACGGAAUGUGACGUACGCGCUCCGCAAAUACGGCUACUACAAGAACAGCGUCAUCGUCUUCUCCACAGAUAACGGAGGACAGCCUCUUUUCGGUGGGAGUAACUGGCCUCUACGGGGAAGGAAGGGAACUUACUGGGAAGGGGGCGUCCGCGGCAUCGGAUUUGUCCACAGUCCCCUGCUGAGGCGUAGAAGGAGAGUCAGCAGAGCUCUGGUCCACAUCACCGACUGGUACCCGACGCUGGUGGGCCUUGCAGGUGCGAACGUGUCCCAAACCGAGAGGCUGGACGGAUACGACAUGUGGAAAACCAUCAGUGAUGGCAAAGAGUCUCCACGCCAGGAGAUCCUUCAUAACAUCGACCCGCUCUACAACGCCGCCCGUCACGGAUCCGUAAAAGCCGGCUUUGGGAUCUGGAAUACAGCUGUGCAGGCGGCCGUCCGGGUGGGAGACUGGAAGCUCUUGACCGGAGACCCCGGAUAUGGAGAUUGGACCCCUACGCAGAUGCUGGGAAACUUCCCAGAGACCUGGUGGACCCUAGAACGCCACGUAGAACCAAAUAAGUCUUUGUGGUUGUUCAAUGUGGCGGAUGAUCCUUACGAACGGUAUGAUCUUGCAGAGCAAAGGCCAGACGUUGUCAAACAGCUGCUUGCCCGGUUGGCGUAUUAUAAUCGGACCGCAGUUCCAGUGCGCUAUCCUUCCGAGGACCCUAGAGCAGACCCUAGCCGAAACGGAGGGGCUUGGGGCCCUUGGGUGGGGGACGACGAGAACUGGGAGGCGUUUUACCCCCGAAAAAGAAAAAUAAAGAAACAGAAACGCAAGUUCUGCAAAAUGAAAUCCUAUUUUAAAAGACUUAAUCUGAAAAUCAUGUCAAACAGGAUAUGAACACAAAACAUGAAGUACAUCUAGACAUUUUAUAAAUGCUGCUGACAAAACACAUUACUUUUUUUUACACUUUCUUUAUAGGAGCCGGAUGAAUUGAAACUUUUGUUUACACAUGUUGAAGAGUGACGUUGGGCAGCCGAACCGUUUCGUUGUGUUAACAUGAUUCCUUUAAGCAGACGUUGACUCUGGCCGUUUCUAAUGUGACCUUGCAACCCUGUGCAAUGAAUAUUUAUGGAAUAAUUCAUUCUAUAAUCAUUUCUGAUCAGUUAUGUUUGCUGUUCGUACCGAUUUAUUUUACAUUGCUCUAUGCUAGAAGGGCAAGUAAAGCAAUAAGAAUUCAUCUUGUUUUGGUGUGUAAUGUAUGUGGUGGUAUUUGUUUGCUGCUAAAAUUCUGGUUACAAAAACAGACCCUCAAUACACAGUGUUUUUU